AUGCCCGCCUUCGAGUCUUUCAUCUUUGCGCUAAUCAUCUUCUCGUCCGUCCUGCUCGGGGUCGACUGGCCCGGGUGGCACGAGGACUACUGGCUCAAGCGCACCAUCGCCGGCAUCGACGUCGCGCUGACGGCCAUCUUCAUCUUCGAGGCGCUGCUCAAGUCGAUCGCCUUUGGCUUCCUGAACCUCAAGGUCAGGAGCACGCCCUCCUUCCCCUACGUCUCGGUUCGCUCCACGUGCCCCGCCUACCUCGCAUCCGGCUGGAAUCGGCUCGACUUUGCGGUGGUCCUCAUCUCCAUCGUCUCGCUCGCUACAGCCGGUGUCAAGGAAGUCGCCGCCUUCCGAGCGCUUCGCGCCCUCCGGCCGCUUCGCCUUAUUGCGCGCUCCGAGAAUAUGAAGGUGGUGAUCGCCACGCUCGGCGCCGCGCUGCCAAGCGUGAGUAAGUUCCUCACGGUCUUCAUCACCUUCAUCCUUGUCUUUGCCAUCAUCUUUGUCCAGAUGUUUGGAGGCAAGCUCGGCUACUGCCUCGACCCGCUGGAGAUGUACAGCGUCACCCCGGGCGUGAGUGUGAUCGGUGCGCAGCGGGUGAGCGACUACGAGGAGUGCAUGGCGCUGCCAAAGUACAACUUGACACGCUACGACACGCUGGGCGAGCGGCUCACCGACAAGGAGGACUGGGCAGAGACGUACCGCAUGUUCACCGAGUUCCCGCAGUGGACAAAUCCAAACUACGGCAACUUUGACCAUGUCGGGUGGGGUUCGCUGCUCCUGCUCGAGAUCGCCGCGCUCGAGGGCUGGCCGGACGUCAUGUACGACGUGAUGGGCACCGACCGCGACGAGCGGUACGUCUCGCCGUUCUGGCUGUCGACGGCGCAAGCGAACGGCGAGCUCGGCACGGAGGAGCACGAGACGCAGCCGUACAUGGCGGCCUUCUUCUUCGUGGUGUGGGUAGUGCUGGGCUGCUUCAUGAUCCUCAACAUGGUGGUCGGCGUCGUGCUCGACACCUUCAACCACAUGCAGAACGAGAGCGCCGGCCUCUCGAUGAUGACCGAGGCGCAGUCGGACUGGGUCAAGGCGCAGAAGGAAAUCAUCGCGAAGCGGCCACUAAAGAGCCCGAGGCCACCGUCGCAGCCGUGGAGGAUGCCCUUCUACCGGCUGGUAUCCUCCAACGCAUUUGACGUUGCCAUCAUGGCGGUCAUCUGCCUCAACACGGCCGUCAUGUGCGUCGACGUGUACAACCCAGACCCCGACUCCACGCGGCUGGCGCGGACCUUCGCCGACGUCUCCUUCUACUCGAACAUCGUCUUCUUCGCUAUCUAUACGGCCGAGAUGCUCCUCAAGUGGUGCGGCCUCGGCCUGAAGCAGUACUUUGACUGCUGGGGCGUCUUCGACUGUGUCCUCGUCGUGCUGACGGCCUUCGACAUCGUCACCACCGCGGCGGACUCAGACGUGCUGCCCUUCCCGGCGCCGAUGCUGCGCGUCUUCCGGCUGCUGCGGGUGAUGCGGAUCGUGCGGCUGCUAAAGCGGGCCAAGCGGCUGCGCACCAUCUUUCUCACCAUCAAGGUCUCGCUGCCGGGCAUGCUCAACAUCGGCGUGCUCAUGCUGCUGCUCAUGUACAUCUUUGCCGUCUUCUCCACCUCCUUCUUCUGGGCGGCAAACUACACGCCGGGCAACUUUGGGCAGACAACCUGCAUCGCCAACGCGAGCGCGGGCGAGGUUCAGUGCGAAAACACGUGGUCCACGCAGCCCGCGGCAACCUGGCACGGUGGCGCGCCUGUUGCGCACGGCGCAACUCUGACAGAGACGCUGCCGCAGCUGCUGCCGUGCUCAUACUACCGGCGGACAGCCCUCUGCGCCAACGCCGCCGCUUGCGUGGCGGCGGGCUGCGACGCCGGCGACGGCGCGCCCUUCUUCUUCAGCGCGGAGGACUCCAACUGGGGCGACAACCUCAACCGGCACGCCAACUUUGAGAAUGUGCUCAUCUCGAUGCUCACCCUCUUCCGCUGCUCGACCGGCGAGUCCUUCAACCUGGUCAUGCACGACCUCCUGCCGCCGGACUGGGGCGACAACAUGCUGCGCUGCUGCCCCAGCUGCGGCCCGGUGGUCGGGUACGACGAGGACGGCAGCCCGGUGGCCGAGUCAUCGUGCAGCGCGCGGAUGGGCUCCGGCUUUGUCGGCUACUUUGUACCGCAGUUCUUCUUUUGGGUGUUCUACGUGUUGAUGGGCUACAUCGUGCUCAACGGCCUCUUCGUGGGGAUCAUUGUGGACAACUACACCAACAUCGGCUCGGAGAACAAGGCCAUCACGGUGGACUCCAUUGAGGAGUUCCGCGAGGCGUGGCUCAAGUUCGAUCCGCAGGGCGGCCUCACCUCCCCACUCGCUCGGGGGCGUUGCGGGCAGCGUCCCGUAACACGAACUUCCCGCUGCGAUUAG